AUGGCAUCAUAUCAGAGGCUUUGCAUCACAAGUUGCACAAUCUUCUUCUGCCUCUUAUCUCUGUCUUCAAGCCAGAAAGUUACACUAAGUUUAUACUACGAAGCUCUAUGCCCCUUCUGUGCAGAAUUCAUCGUCAACCGCUUGCCUAAGAUCUUCGAAACCGGCUUAAUCUCAUCCAUUGAUCUCCAGCUCGUUCCAUGGGGCAACGCCGCUAUCAGACCAGAUGGAACCAUUCUCUGCCAGCACGGAGAAGCUGAGUGUGCGCUCAACGCAAUUCAUGCCUGUGCAAUAAACGCAUACCCUGAUGUGAUGAAGCAUUUUGGAUACAUCUACUGUACGGAACAGCUAGUCUUGGAGAACAAACUUGAAAAAUGGGCUGAUUGUUUAGAAAUGGUUGGAUUGAGCAGAGCAGCGGUUGAUUGUUACAUUAACGGAUACGGAAACCAGCUUGAACAGAGGUAUGCUGAAGAAACUUCUGAACUUUAUCCAGCACAUAGAUUUGUACCAUGGGUGGUUGUGAAUAACCUACCACUUCAAGAGAACUACCAGAACUUUGUCAUGUAUGUAUGCAAUGCUUAUGGAAGUAACCAAGUACCAGAAGCGUGCAGGAUCCUCAACAGUUCGGUGGAGACACUAAGCAGGUCCAAUAGUUCAGUGGAGAAGCUAAGUAACAGUCCCCAAGUUUGCUAUUCCAAUCACUAA